GAAUCGUGCCUCUGAAGCUCAUUCUCUUGUGAGUUAUGAAGCCUGCUCCGAGUAUUGUGAGAAAGUUUGCUUAUCGUGGUGGGGAGAUCCGUGCAGAAAUGGGGGCGUGCCGGGUUGUAUGAUGAACUAGGGAUGCAUUUGCGCAUUCUCCCGAAUUUAUACACACCGCUCAUGCCUCCACAUCAGCUCCGAUCGAGAGGAUUCCACCGGAUCAGAGACGGAGCUCCAUAUCGAGUGAGAUUGUGCUGGUUAUCGAGCUGACUGAACCAUUUUCGCAGGUGACACAGAAACCGCUGUCAGAAGCCUCGAACUCCGCGAUGCUGAGACGAGCCACGAAACUAGCGUGCCUCGGAGCGGCUGCCGGAGGAACCUACCUGUCUUUCCAGCACAAUGAUCUUAAGCAUUUGGCGGUGUGUAGGGUCUCUCGAUCGAUGUUCACGGUCGGGGGCAUCGUUGCCGACUACAAAACGUCUCUAUCGAGGGUAGAAGAGACGGCUCCGAACUACUCUGAAAUUCGACAUGGAUUCCAUCAGAGGAGUGCAGAGCGACUCUUGAAGCUUUGUUGUGAGAAUGGUGGUUGUUAUAUCAAAGUCGGUCAACACGUUGCAGCGUUGGAAUUCUUGCUGCCUGAGGAGUACAUCACUACUCUGAAAGUACUUCACGCAAACGCACCUCAGUCCUCAUUAGAGUCUGUGAAGAGAGUUCUCUCAGAAGAGUUGGGUCGUCCCUAUGAGGAAGUAUUCGAUGACUUUGACGAAAAGCCGAUUGGUUGCGCCUCCUUGGCUCAAGUGCACAAGGCCAAGUUGCGAAAUGGAGAUACCGUAGCCGUCAAAGUGCAGCACAACAAUGUUUAUAGAAAUUCGUUCACCGACAUGACGGUUAUGGAGGGAUUGGGUCGACUCGUAGAUAAACUAUUCCCCGAGUUUUCUCUGCUGUGGUUGGUGGACGAGACGAAGAUCAAUCUACCGAAAGAACUCGAUUUUGUGAAUGAGGCCAACAACUGCGACAAGGUUAGAGGCCUUCUGAAGUCAUUGCCAUGGGUUCGUGUCCCGAGGAUACGACGCGACUUGACCACGAAACGAGUUCUCGUCAUGGACUACGAAGAUGGCGGUUUUGUAAACGAUAAAGAGUACCUGAUCCGCAACAAAAUCUCUCCUAUAACAGUCGCGCAGCGUUUAGGGAAACUCUACUCGGAGAUGAUUUUCGUUAACGGAUUCGUUCACUGUGAUCCUCAUCCCGGCAACAUACUUGUUGACAGUCAGGGUGACUUGAUUCUCCUCGACCACGGUCUCUAUUCUCAGCUUUCUGAUAGGUUCCGACUGCAGUACACCAACAUGUGGUUGGCUCUCAUUCGACGAGACAUACCGGCAGUUGAGCGGAUUGCGGUCGAGAUGGAAGUCCCGGCUUACCUCACGAAAAUUCUCGCAAGCAUUCUCACUGGACGUCGUUGGAAGUCAAUCGAGGUCGGUGAAAUCGCGAAGAGUAACACGGACGCCGAAGCAAAAGAGAUCAAGGCCUGGGCUUCGGAACACGUGGAUCUCAUUAAUGCUGUCCUUCAGAAGGUUCCUCGAGAGAUGCUGCUGCUUUUCAAAACAAAUGACCUGAUCAGGGGUAUUGAGAGCUCAUUGGGUGUCAGUCGGAUGGCAAAGUCUUUUGUAACCAUGUCUCAAUGCUGUGUGAGAGCCGUUUAUGGAGAGAAGCUCAAGAACUCUGGUCGGGUGUCCCGGGUGACCCUGAAUUUUGCCAAAUGGCUAUCACUCCUCAAAAUCUCGGUCCAGCAAUGGUUCUUGUGGAUGACGGUCGUCGUCUCCGACAGGUUCCGAUUGUAGGGUCGACGUGCAGCCGGUUCAAGCUCAUUCGGAGCCCGAGAUAUAUAUUUAUAACUUGCGUAGGUUCUCAGUGUGGCCUAGAUCGCUCCCAGCUGAUUUCACCCAGAUCGAAGCCCUUUCAUGUUGAUGAAUCAGUUGGUUGUAAGGUCAGUGAUCGGAUCUUUAUUUGUGAUCUAGCAGGUAUUUUUGUAUGACACGAAUUAGCGGGUGAUUUCUUAUCUAAUAAAUUACCCGGUACAAAAUU